AUGGUCAUGGAAAAUACCAAAACGGGACGUGCGUCGAUGAUGUCGCCACGUCAACUCAUGCGCAACUCGAACAUGACGCAGAAGUGGCAGCGACGUGAGAUAUCUAACUUCGAAUACCUCAUGUUCCUCAAUACAAUUGCAGGUCGCACGUACAAUGACCUCAACCAGUACCCGGUGUUCCCUUGGGUGCUCACCAACUAUGAGAGCGAAGAGCUUGAUCUUAGUCAACCCUCCAACUAUAGGGAUCUGUCAAAGCCAAUAGGUGCUCUUAACCCGAGUCGUCGGGCUUACUUUGAGGAGCGCUACAACACGUGGGAGCACGAGUCCACGCCACCUUUCCACUACGGAACCCAUUAUUCUACGGCAGCCUUCGUACUCAACUGGCUAGUUCGAAUUGAACCUAUGACUACGAUGUUUUUAGCCCUGCACGGCGGUAAAUUUGAUCAUCCCAACCGUCUGUUCUCAUCGAUCGCACUAUCUUGGAAAAAUUGCCAAAGAGACACAUCUGAUGUAAAAGAACUCAUCCCAGAAUUAUUCUUCCUACCGGAAAUGCUAGUGAACAGUUCAGGAUACAAACUGGGUAUCCCAGAAUCUCCUUCCGGCGACGUGAUCCUGCCGCCCUGGGCGUCCUCCGCCGAGGAGUUUGUUAGGAUCAACCGGAUGGCCCUCGAGUCUGAGUUUGUAAGCUGUCAGCUGCAUCAGUGGAUCGAUUUGAUCUUCGGUUACAAACAGCGAGGGCCGGAAGCCGUGAGAGCGACGAACGUGUUCUACUACCUAACAUACGAGGGUGGUGUGCGCUUGGACCAAAUAACGGACCCGAUAACAAGAACGGCGAUAGAGGACCAGAUCCGUAGCUUCGGGCAGACGCCGGCGCAGCUGCUGAGCGAGCCGCACCCGCCGCGCGCCUCCACCAUGCACCUGGCGCCGCUCAUGUUCGCGGCGGCGCCCGACGACGUGUGCCUGCGCCUCAAGCUGCCCUCCAACGCCGCCGUCGUGCACGUCUCCGCCAACACCUACCCGCAGCUGGCGAUGCCGGCCGCCGUCACGGUGAGCGCGGCGCGCGCGUUCGCGGCGCACCGCUGGGCCGGCGGCGGCUGCGCGCACGCCGCGCCCGCGCGCCACGCCGACCCCGCGCCGCACCACCCGCUCGUCAUGGACCCCGUGUGGGCGGCGGGCGGCGCGGCGGCGCUGGCGCGGCGCCAGCUCGGCGACAACUUCUCGCAGCGCGUGCGCGCGCGCAGCAACUGCUUCGUCACCACCGUGGACUCGCGCUUCCUCAUCGCCGCCGGCUUCUGGGACAACAGCUUCCGCGUCUUCUCCACGGAGACUGCCAAGAUAGUGCAGAUAAUCUUCGGGCACUACGGCGUGGUGACGUGCGUGUCGCGCUCCGAGUGCAACAUCACGUCCGACUGCUACGUCGCCAGCGGCUCCGAGGACUGCACCGUGCUGCUCUGGCACUGGUCGGCGCGGCACGGCGGCAUCGUGGGCGAGGGCGACGCGCCGGCGCCGCGCGUCACGCUCACGGGACACGACGCGCCGCUCAACGGCGUGCUCGUGUCCGCCGAGCUCGGCCUCGUCAUCUCCUCCUCCGUCAACGGGCCGGUGCUGAUCCACACGACGUUCGGCGAGCUGCUGCGGUCGCUGGCGGCGGCGGAGGGCGUGGCGGGCCCGCGGCAGCUGGCGCUGUCGCGCGAGGGCGUGGUGGUGGUGGCCUACGCGCGCGGCCACCUCGCCGCCUUCACGCUCAACGGCCGCCGCCUGCGCCACGAGACCCACAACGAUAACUUUCAGUGCCUGGCGCUGUCGCGCUGCGGCGAGUACCUGGUGUGCGGCGGCGACGCGGGCGUGGUGGAGGUGUGGCGCGCCGUCACGCUGGCGCCGCUGUACGCCUUCCCGCCCGCCGGCGCGCCCGUCACCGGCCUCGCGCUCUCGCACGACCAGAGGUUCCUCCUGGCGGGUCUAGAAAACGGGUCGCUGGUGGUGUUCCACAUAGACUUCAACCGCUGGCACCACGAGUACCAGCAGCGCUAC